GCAGACGUAUAAAUGUCAGCAUAAUAGCAAAACAACAACAAAAAUAAAAACGAAUGUCAACGAAAUACAAGUGAAAAAUUGAAAACAAAUCACGCGAGAAUAACAAAAAUGUGAAAGGCGAGAAAAACAAGAAGGCAACAAAUGCAAUAACAACACGCUUGUCAUACGACCAAAAAUUAGUAUUUCUUGAGGGCGAGAUUAGCUCUGCAACUCAUUCAACAAUAGAAAUUCAAAGUGAUAAGUUCGGUGAAAUAAAAACAAAAGGCUACAUUCUUAAAACAUACUAUUAAAUUAACUUUUACAAAUACAAGCAGUUACAAUAAAAUAGAAAAUAUUCAAAACAAAAUGAAAAUGGCAGGCAAAUGAAGUGUAUAGAUAAAAACUUAUUGGGAGUUCCCAGUACACGAAAUAAGUGGAAACAACUAGAAAAUACCCAAUAGCAGUGCGGACUGAAGAGCUUCUUUUAGUGAAAUAAAUACAAAAAACUAUUGCAUAAAAAAUAAGUGAUUUGCUGUGCGUUUAAAAACAGUUUAAAAGUUACGUUUAUUUGAGCGCAGAUAUGUUUAAAAAAGCACAUCAUCUUUAAGAAAAAAUUAGAACUAAGGAACUACACAGCGGGCGCUGACGUGUUCGCCAUUGCUUCGCUGCCCGCUACACGCCGCACCCACGACAAAGGUGUCAUCCAACUGGUAAAAGUGUGAUAGCUGCCGCAUAAGUGAACAAGCAUACCAAUUUGAACUAUAUAGUAUUGAAAAUCAGCAGAUUUUAACGCGAGCACUGCUGAAGAUAGAAGCACAUAUUUAUUUGCCUUCGCAUUAAUUUAAUAAAAAAUAAUUAAUACAUAGCAGAAUAAUUAAAAAUAUUUAAUUGAAGAAAAAAGACUAACGUAAGCACAUACACACAUAAACAUAUAAACAUAUAUACGGGAGUUAUCGCUAAAUAUGUCAAAAGUAUCACUAGACGGUUUUACAAAUACAUUGAGGCGUUACCCAAAGACUUUGGGCGGAGUUGGUGUUCUAACGACUUGCGGUUUAAUUUUACUUGAAAAACAAAGGAUCCGAAAAUAUCUAUCGAAAUGGGUAGAUACUGCACCAUCAGACACCGAUAAAAAGCGCCCAGAUUACAUAUACAUUAAAUAUCAUAUUUAUAAGGAGUCUAUGCGCAAAUUGAAACAAAAAGAAGAGGAAAAUAAGAAAUGGGUGAGCGUCAUUAUUAAUCCCAUUGGCAAGUGGUGGAAAGCCGUUAAACAUUCGGUAGCAUGGCGCUUACUGAAAAUCGCACAAACUGGUUCACAACAUGAACGCCUCAAGGCAGUUCGUCAGUUGGCUUGUAUCGAUCACUUGAAAGAUUGGGACUUUCGACAUUUAGCACAAAUUUGUGAUGCACGCACAGCAGUUUCGUUGGCGCGCUCUGGCGCUGACUCUCGUUGGUUCGUGCCUGUUCAUAUGCGUGGCUGUAUUAAGAAUCCCAAACUGGUGCUAGCUGAUUUUCACGAUAUGUUGGCACGCCUACGUCCAAAUUCUUGCGUCGAUAACUUUUUCAACAAAUACUUUCCACAACAGUAUCCACACGAGGGCAUCGACGAAUUCUAUACGCAGGAGCAAGCUAGCUCGCUAUCUGUGCAGGACACAGAUAUGUUGAAGGAGAUAAUUUCUUUCUUGCAUCACAUCACCAAGGAGGAGGCGGUUGCUAAGCAGAUCAUUAACGAAGGUGGCCUUACACAUCUCAUGGAAUUGCGUAAAAUUUUUGCCGAUGACAAUGAAACGCUCUCGACACUAUGCAAAGUAUUGGCGAAUGUGUCGCUGGUGGAGAAUAGUGUGGAGCAUUUCUUCGCUUCGGGUUGGAUUGGUGUGUUGGCAGAUUGGAUGAAAUGUCCCGAUUUGCGUUUACAAGUGAUCUCAGCGAAAACUAUGGCUAAUUUGGAUCACGAUGACCCCAAUCAUGUGCAAUAUCCACCCAAUGUGUAUCCAUUACAUCCACGCUUGCGUACGCGCGCCAAACCCAAGGCUGAUAUAAUAUUCAUACACGGUUUGUUGGGUGGCGUUUUCAUUACGUGGCGUCAGAAAGACCGCAAUCCCAUAGAAUUGGGUUUGUAUGGCAAGAAUGCUUUUUAUACUAGCGAAACGGAUGAUGUGUUUUUGAUUGGCGAACAAAGACGUACGAAUGGAAAAAUUUUGAAAAAUUCAAAUAACAACGCGAGUAAUAAUGGCAAAAGCAAUGCUGUGAAAACGGAACAACCAACUGAUCCAAUAUUGAAAGCUGCGCAAAAGACUAAAAACAAAACGCUGGAGAUAAGCGAUGCUGCGACAAUGGAUUUUGUGGAGACGUUGCAAAAUACUGCCGAAUUAGAAUCAGAUUGGGAGGUUGUACAUCCAGAUGUGCCGCUUAAGGCAGGCGAGGAAUGUUGCGGAGAAUUCAGCGUGCCGGGAAAUGAAUGGCAGAAUCAAGAUAACAUUGAAGACUACACAAACUGUUGGCCAAUGGAGUGGCUGCCGGAUGAUUAUCCAAAUACAAGAAUCAUCGGCAUCGAUUACACUUCUGCGGUCACUGAAUGGUCUGCCAAUUUCACAAAGUACUGUCCCUGCGAAAAGGGUCAGGGGCAAAUCGACGUUCGUGCCACAUCACUACUCGAACGUCUCUCGAAAUCUGAUGUGGGCAAUGAGAGACCUGUUGUUUGGAUCGGUCAUUCCAUGGGCGGCAUACUCACCAAGCUUAUGCUUAUGAAGGCCAUAGAUGAUCCUGAUCCAAAAGUACAGCAAAUAGCCAACAGCACGUCGUCCAUACUCUUCCUUGGCACACCGCAUCGCGGCUCUUCGAUUGCCAAGUGGAAACAGCACAUGCAAAUGAUUAUCUCCCCCUCCAUUGAAGUGAAAGAAAUGGAGGAAGGAGCACCGAAAUUGCUAGCAGCGCACAAUCGUUUCAUGGCAUGUUUACACACAUGCUUUCGUAACGUUAAGGUUGUGACCAUCGCCGAAGGUGCACCCACCAUGCUGACAACAUUCAAAUUCCCGCUGCGCAUUGUAACUGAGGACUCGGCGCGCAUUGAUUACGGUGACUUCUAUGUACUCAAAGAUGAUCAUCUUAGCCUAUCGAAGCCAAUUUUCCGCCAAUCAUUCCUAUAUCAACGUGUUCUUAAAGUGAUUGAAGACUCAAUGAAUAUAGAUGAGAGUCCAGUUGAGAAAGUUACGCUACCUGGCACAAAACUCAAAAUAGAACCAGUUAAAGUACCGCCGACUAGGACUUCGGACUCAGGCGCAGAGAGUUUAUUGCAGAAAGUCCGUGGAAUUUUCUCGGCAGUGCCACAAAUAACAAUCAAUUUUCCCAACGCUCAAUGCGAACAGUCUAGGCGCGAGUAAGUCGAGCGACAUUUUUUUUUUGUUGCUUGUUUUGACUGGCUACUGACUGCUAUUGCAACAGAAUUCAUCCCACUAAGUUAUUUCAUAGCACAUCUUGUAAAAAAAUUCCUGUACUUAAAUUCAUAUGCCAACUCAUCUUAAAAUAUUUGCAUACCCAUGUUUUACAAGACUUGAAAAAAAUUUUAUCGUAGUAUAUAGUCCUAGUUUCAGUAAGUAAGUUUGUACAUGAGCUUUUUGGCUUCGCAGAAAUGCUAUUUACAAAAUUCAUAGUCAUAGUCAGUAAUGUAUUGUAAUCAAUAAGAGCUUAUGAGGUUAAGCAUUUAAGAAAAUUCGCUCAAAUAAAGCUAUGAAAAUGAUAGUAAAUGUGUUAAACAUAUUAAUUAAUAUUGUAAGGUCAACACAAAGUAAUGAAUUGCUAUGAUUUGUAUUGAAAUCUAAUAAAAAUGCUUUUUAAAAAAUACUUGAUAUAGAA